UGACCCACUCACUUCCGCUGCGGGUUUCCGAGGGUCUGGGCCUUUGAAGUUACCGAGUACCUACUCAGCAAUCCGUACACUAGCCUCGCCUCCAAGGGCUGACCCCCAGAGCGAGCCAACUCGAGGAUUUCGCGCAGCCAUGAAUAACGAACAAUUCCGCAGGCUAAUACUAGCAAACUCAUCCAAGCCUGGCUCCGACAAAAAUGGCGUUUCCCCUCCCCCGUCCCGGCCAGCCUCGAAUGCGCCCGCCGUGCUCGGGUCCAAGCUCAAGUCGAGCAUCCCCAUGACGCCUCGUUCCGUCGCUGGCGCGCCCCGCGUCGACUUUGCGCGGCAGCUCGCCGAACGGAAUCAAGCCUUUGAAAAGACGCAGAAAAAGGCUGUCAGAUCCGCCGCCCCGAAGGGCAGCCAGCUGGCUCAUGGCUACAUCGACCGUGCCAGGACGCGGCAGGAGGAGGACGACGAGCGGGCCGAACGGCUGAGAGCGUUGGAGGAGUCGCUGAAAAAGGAGGAGAUUGACCGUGAGACGUACGACCGGCUGCGCAGCGAGAUAGCAGGCGGGGACCUCUCCACCACUCACCUCGUCAAAGGGCUCGACUUCAAGUUGCUGGAGAGGAUCCGGAGGGGCGAGGAUGUGUACAACGAGAAGCCAAAGUCACCAGAGGCGAGAGGAGAGGAGGAGAAGGAGGGCGAGCGGGAAGGGCCAGAAGAGGAUCCUGACGACGUCCUCAAGCAGCUGGAGUCGACCGAGGUAAAGGCGAUCGAGCGGGAGAAGGUGCAGAAGAAGGGCCAACUUGCCGCCGCGACGCUUAAUCCGGGGCAAAAACGGUCGCGGAACCAGAUCCUGGCCGAGCUGAAAGCAGCGAGAGCAGCAGCCAAGGCCAAAGCGGAGUCCAGCCUCGGCUCCAAAUUCAAGAAAAUCGGCGAGAAGAAGGAGCCAGGCAUUAGGAUAGAGAGGGACGCUAAAGGCCGCGAGGUCAUGAUCAUUGUCGACGAAGACGGACAUGAGAGGCGGAAGGUCAGGAAACUUGACCAUGCGUCGUCCGCGGAGGAGCAGGAGCGGGAAAGAGAACUCCUGGCCUCGGGCAAGGUACUCGGUAUGGAAGUGCCCGAGUUCUACCGGAAGCAGCAAGAAGCGCAGCAAGCCGAGGAGAACAGCAAGGAUGUCAGCAUAUUUGACGAUGCCGGCUCAGACUACGAUCCGCUUGCCGGCUUAGAAGGGUCCGACGAGUCAUCCGACGAAGAGCGCGAGGCUGCAGAAGAAAAAGAAUCAGAAGACAGGAGGAAGCCGACAGAGAUGCCGCCUCCUCCAAAACCCGACGUCCCUGUGGCGAGGAAUUAUUUCAGAGAUUCCAAGGCCGGCCUCGCGUCGGAGGAGACGUACAAAGCGCCGUCGCUCGACGACCCAAGUUUCCUGGCAGCGCUGAAGAAGGCGAAGGCCGCCAGCGCGCUAGAGAAGUCCGAAGAAGAGCAGAAGGCCGCAGAGCGGGAAGCGCUCCUCAAGAAGAAGCUGAGCGAGCUGCACCGAGACGAGGAAGACAUGGACCUCGGGUUCGGUUCCAGCCGCCUAGAGGACGAGGCGGAUCUGGAAGAGAGCAAGGUGAAAUUGUCUGCCUGGGAUGCAGACGACGCCGACAAAGGCGGUGUUGGGGGAGGCAAGUCGAAGAGGAAGAGAGGGCCAAAGAAGAGGAAGGGCGACAAGAACAGUUUUGAAGAUGUCAUGAGGGUAAUACAGAGACAAAAAGGGGGCGGGUGAUGUCUCGCUGCAGGGGGUUUGCUCUGCUUGAGACUCAGUGUGGCAGUCACUUUCAUUGAGCCAUGAUUGGCUCAACAAAUGGACAUCAAGGAUAGCAAGCCAAACCUCCAAGGAAAUAUAUACCAGGUACCCUAGGUCAGAUCUGGAAGGAUAAGAACCCAAAGGAACCCCUGGAUUGGGGACGAAAAACCACCUACUGGGUACUUUGGUUAGACUGUUGUGUCGCCGAUUGCCUGCCU